AUGGGAUCUCAGGGGGUUGGUAGUAAUGGAGCCCGAACCCAAACUCAAGAGCCGAAAUUGAAUCCACUGGCUAGCCACGGAUCCUUGUCUAUCCUCACUCUUGAUGAGGUGAAGAAUCAAUUGGGGGAUUUAGGAAAGCCACUGAGUAGCAUGAACCUUGAUGAGCUUCUCAAGACUUCGUGGAGUGCUGAGUCUAAUAAUCAAGCAGUGGAGGGUGCAGAUUUUGGUCCCACUGUGCAGCAGCCUGGUCAGCAGAUACCGUCAUCCUCUUUGAACCGACAGUCAAGCCCCACACCGUUGAGGGAUCUGAGCAAGAAGACUGUUGAUGAGGUGUGGCAAGAUUUUCAGCAGAGGCAGAAGAAGAAUGGUCUUGAUAGGAAGGCUACUCUUGGGGAGAUAACACUGGAGGAUUUCCUGGUUAAGGCAGGAAUUGUUGUUGAGUUGUCUCCCGGGGAAAAAAGUUUGGGCUCAGUGGUAGGGCCUGUUGAUCCAAUGGCAUUGCGACGGCAAGUGCAGUGGACACAUUAUCAGUUCCCUUCAAAUAGUCCACAGCAGCAACAGCAACAGAAUAUGCUGCCUGUAUUUGCCCUGGGCCAUUCACUUCAGCAGCCUAAUCCUAUUGGUGGAAAUUCAGUGGUGGACACAGCUUAUCCCGAAGCCCAAAUAACCAUGUCACCAUCCACUUUGAUGGGAACUUUAUUGGACACAGAAGCACCUGGAGGAAAGAGGGAUGCUUCUGAUGGUGCAGUUGAAAAAAAUGUCGAAAGGAGGCAGAAGAGAAUGAUCAAGAACAGGGAAUCAGCAGCAAGGUCUCGAGCAAGGAAGCUGGCUUACACCAAUGAGCUGGAGAACAAGGUUUCACGUCUCGAAGAGGAGAAUGAAAGGCUUAGGGGACAGACGGAUGCUGGCAAAACAAAAUAUACGUGGAUGACUUCUAGUGUUUACCUGCACCCUGCUUCCGUUCCUCUUUGUGAGAAAGAUAGGCAUGUUGCUUCUUCUUUUCCGAGGGUUUUCUUACCUCAUUCCAUUCCAACGGCUCAACCAGUAAACAAUAGCAAAAACUUAAAAAUCCACGAUUCCCCUGUUUACCAGAGCUCGACUAUAGUACUUAAAACAGUCAUACAAAAGCAUCUGGCAGAAACGAGUGUUCAUGAAAUUCUGGUUGCCUAUGGGCAUUUGGGAAUAUCUAACUAUUUCAUCCCACCUUGA